ACUCAAACGAGCUCGACGCUCUUACUCCUUCGAUGGUGACUUGGCAACCGUAUCUUGAUCCAUAUUUCGCCAGCAUACAGUUGAGCAGCAUGUGCUCAAUAGACGAGGACAUCUACCUCAUGAGGUGUCCCCUAAUUUGUUUUUAUGCUGUUGAGUACCACUUGCCCCACAGAGUUGCUCGACAGUUCGGAUUGCGCCAGGAGUUUCCGGUGGAGCCAUUCUCGACUUCAAUAGAACUUCAUAAGUUCGACAGACAGAGACAGAAGAAGGUCACGGACUUCGAGACGCACCAUCGUGAUUACAUUGAUGAAUGGGAACAGCAGGGGGAUCUUAACUAUGAGAAUGACCAGGCGAACACAAACUACAACUUCCGGAGGUAUUUGAUUUGGUAUUCUGGUGUGACUAGGUGCAAGCUGAAGGGACAGUGGACAGCUGCAGACUACGCCGAGCAAGAAUCGUCAGACGACGAAGACACAUCUUUCGACAUAGCCCGCGCUCGGCUUCUUCUCACUUACGCCCGCGCCGCCGGUUUCAUUUCUUACUCUUACGUCGUCGGUUUUCUCACCUGCUUCCCAGCGCUGCCGCCACCGCGGCCCGCCUCCCCGCGCCACGCCUCCCCGCCCCACCGUCGUCCCGUCGCCUCCCCGCGCCCGCUCUUGCCUCCGGCGCCGGCGCCCGCCUCCCCGCGACACCACCACCGGCCCGCGCCUGCCACCGAUGCCACGGCCGCCACGGCCGUCGCCCCGACGCCGGUAAAUAAAGUGGAACAAUCUGAGGCGGCAUCCAACAACCCUCAUGGAUCGCCCAGCCCAUCACCACACCAAUCCAGCCGCCCACCUCGAUGA